UAGCAGGACGAAGGAGACACCCACAACAAAAUAUGCAGUCAGUUGACUGAGUUGGCAUUUCUUUCUGCUCCUUUUACCGAGAGUUAUGGCCUUCCUACCGGACAGAGGCGGCUUAGUGGGUUUCAUUCUGCUCGUUGUUUUGCUGUUGGAGGGACAUUUUCGAUGGGUGGCGGCCCAACACUGUGUGUGGUAUGACGAGUGCGGAGAAUCGGAAAAGGUCCCCGGAAAGAAAUACAACUGUAACUACACCGGGCCCCCCAAACCUUUGGCUCCGGAGGGCUAUGACCUACUCACAGAGCUUUGUCCUGGGUAUGACUAUGGAAGUCGCAACCUGUGCUGCAAUGUGGACCAGUUGCGUACUCUCAAAGGGAGUCUGCAGCUGCCCCUGCAGUUCCUGUCCCGGUGUCCCGCCUGCUUCUCCAACUUGAUGAACCUCUUCUGCGAGCUGACGUGCAGCCCACGCCAGAGUCAGUUCAUGAACGCCACCAAUAUCAAUGAGUCCAAUGUGCUGGAGGUGCAGUACUACAUCGGACAAACUUUCUCCAACGCAAUGUUCAACGCCUGCAGGGAUGUCCAAGCACCGUCCAGCAAUGUGAAGGCCUUAUCACUGCUGUGUGGCAAAGAUGCAAAGGACUGCAAUGCCACUAACUGGAUCCAGUACAUGUUUGACAUAAACAAUGGGCAGGCUCCCUUUCCUAUCAUACCAGUGUUCUCAGAUGUCCCUGUCGCUGGCUACAUCCCCAUGAACAACAAGACGUACGGCUGCUCAGAGGGACUGGAGGACGGUUCAGGGCCUUGCUCCUGUCAAGAUUGCACUAAUGCCUGCGGACCAAAACCCGUCCCUCCACCUGUCCCUCCUCCUUGGACCAUCAACGGUAUGGACGCAAUGACUUUCAUCAUGUGGAUCUCUUACACGGCCUUCCUGUUCGUGUUUAUCGGCACUGUAGUUGCUGCGUGGUGUUACAGGAAAAGGACAAUUACGUCAGAGUAUGGGCCAAUACUAGACAGCAAUAACCCCCUGUCUCUUAACAGUGAUAAUCCUGAUACAGUCAAAGCAUCAUGCUGUGAAACACUGGGCGAGCGGUUUGAGAACACGCUCCGAGUCGUCUUCAGCUUCUGGGGCUCAUUCUGCGUGCGGAACCCAGGUCUGGUUAUCCUGACCAGCCUGGCUCUGGUGGCGAUCUCUUCCGGGGGUUUGGUCUACAUGAACAUCACCACCGACCCCGUAGAGCUGUGGUCUUCCCCCGGCAGCCAAGCACGGCAGGAAAAGGACUACUUCGACAGUCACUUUGGACCUUUCUUCAGAACUGCACAGCUUAUCAUCACCACGCCGCUCAACAGCACGUUCAUCUACUCGCCCUACAUUGGAGGCUCGGAUGUCCCCUUUGGAGCCAUCUUGGACAAGGACAUUCUGUUUCAAGUCCUGGACCUGCAGCUAGACAUCGAAGCCCUGGUUGCCACGUAUGAAGACCAAAAUGUCACGCUGAAGGACAUCUGCCUGGCCCCGCUGGCCCCUUACAAUGACAACUGCACCAUCCUGAGCGUCCUCAACUACUUCCAGAACAGCCAUGAUGUGCUGAACCACAGCACGGGGGAUGAAUUCUAUGUCUAUGCUGAUUAUCACAGCCACUUCCUCUACUGUGUCAGUGCGCCAGCAUCUCUCGACGACACCACUGCCCUCCACGAUUCUUGUCUCGGGACUUUUGGAGGUCCAGUCUUUCCUUGGUUGGCUCUCGGAGGCUACGACUCCACCAACUACAACAAUGCGACUGGCCUUGUCAUCACCUUUCCCAUCAACAACUACCUGAAUGAUACCGUCAGGCUUGGAAAAGCUCGAGCAUGGGAAAAAGAAUUCAUCCGCUUCAUGAAGGACUUCAAAAACCCCAACCUGACCAUCGCCUUCAGCUCCGAGAGGAGCGUCGAGGACGAAAUAAACCGUGAGAGCAACAGCGACAUCAGCACAGUGGUGCUGAGCUACGGCAUCAUGUUCAUUUACAUCUCUUUGGCGCUGGGUCACAUCCACAGCGGCAGGAGAAUACUGGUGGACUCCAAGAUUUCUCUGGGCAUUGCGGGUAUCUUUAUCGUGCUGAGCUCGGUGUCCUCCUCACUGGGCAUCUUCAGCUACGCCGGCAUCCCCCUCACCCUCAUUGUCAUUGAGGUCAUUCCCUUCCUGGUGUUGGCUGUCGGCGUGGACAACAUAUUCAUCAUAGUGCAGACCUACCAGAGAGACGAGCGGAUGCCCCAGGAGGAACUGCACCAGCAGAUUGGUCGUAUUCUUGGCGACGUCGCACCCAGCAUGUUCCUGUCAUCCUUCUCGGAGACGGUUGCAUUCUUUCUAGGAGCUCUGUCCAACAUGCCUGCUGUCAGAACCUUCUCACUGUUUGCUGGCCUGGCUGUUUUUAUUGAUUUCCUGUUGCAGAUCAGUUGCUUUGUCAGCCUUCUGGGCUUAGACCUGAAGAGGCAAGAGGCCAAUCGUCUAGAUAUCGUCUGCUGUCUGAAACUGCAGAAUGAACAGGAAACAAAGACAGACAGCAUCCUCUUCCGGUUCUUUAAGAAGUUCUACGCCCCGUUCAUCCUCAAACAGUGGUUGCGGCCCAUCAUUGUGGCUGUCUUUGUGGGAGCACUCUCCUUCAGUGUCGCUGUUGUGAAUAAAGUAGAAAUCGGACUGGAUCAAAAAUUGUCCAUGCCUGAUGACUCGUACGUGUUGCAGUAUUUUAAGAACAUGAGCCAGUACCUCCACACAGGAGCUCCGGUCUACUUUGUAGUAGAAGACGGCUUGAACUAUAGCAGCCUGGAGGGUCAGAAUGCUGUGUGCGGAGGCGUGGGCUGCAACAACAACUCGCUGGUGCAGCAGGUUUACUCAGCCUCGCUCAUCAGCAACUACUCCACCAUCGCCUUCACGCCAUCCUCCUGGCUGGAUGACUACUUUGACUGGGUGAAGCCUCAGUCUACCUGCUGCCGCUACUACAACACCACGGGGGCCUUCUGCAACGCAUCUGUGGUGGACCCAUCCUGUGUCCACUGUCGACCUCUGACCCAAAGUGGGAAGCAGAGGCCUGUGGGCGAUGACUUCAUGCAUUUUCUUCCCAUGUUCCUGUCGGACAAUCCCAACAUCAAGUGUGGAAAAGGCGGCCAUGCGGUCUAUGCCACUGCAGUGGAUGUUUACCCCAACAACACCAAAGUUGGAGCUAGCUACUUCAUGACCUUUCACGGCAUCAUGAAGGAGUCUUCAGACUACAUCGACGCCUUGAAAAUGGCCCGAAUGUUGGCAGAGAACAUCAGUCAGUCGAUAGACCACAAGGUUUUUGCUUACAGCGUUUUUUACGUGUUCUACGAGCAGUAUUUGACCAUCGCCUACGACACCGCCUUCAACCUGAGCGUCUCCUUGGCUGCCAUAUUCGUGGUGACCACCGUGCUAUUGGGCUUCGAAAUUUGGUCGGCCGUGCUGGUGUGCGUCACCAUCGCCAUGAUCCUGGUCAACAUGUUUGGCGUCAUGUGGCUGUGGGACAUCAGCCUCAACGCGGUGUCCCUCGUCAACCUGGUCAUGGCUUGCGGUAUUUCCGUGGAGUUUUGCAGUCAUGUGGUUCGAGCGUUCUCCAUCAGCAUGAAGAAAACCAGGGUGGAGCGGGCAGAGGAGGCUCUGGCUAACAUGGGCAGCUCGGUUUUCAGCGGGAUCACGUUGACAAAGUUCGGCGGCAUCCUGAUCCUGGCACUAUCCAAGUCACAGAUCUUCCAGGUUUUCUACUUCAGGAUGUACUUGGCCAUCGUGCUGCUAGGCGCCGCGCACGGCCUCAUCUUCCUCCCCGUGCUCCUCAGCUAUGUCGGUCCUUCUGCCAACAAGGUGAAAGUGUUAGCCGCUAACAAACGCUUCAUCGGUACUGAAAGAGAGCGGCUCCUCAACUACUAGCCGGCCAAGCGGUGGCCAUUGUUUUUCUUGCCGCUAUUACUGACACACUUGUCAUCAGCACCGUUAGCCGCUCUUGUACAUGGAUUGGACUCAGGAAUAUUUCACAGACAGUCAUGACAUUCCUUCUCCAUCACACUACGUGGACUGACUCAGCUUCGGUAUCAGGGAAAUCAAGACAAGCAGACACUGUGGAAAGUCAGUUUAUACUUCUGGGAUGACGAUUUGGGAAACUGAAGAGUAAUAAUAUUGGUCACUUUCAAAAAAAUUAUAUAUGUAACAGUUUAUAACAUCAAAUUGUGUUGUUACUGAGCAAGGAUGCAAUAUAGAUUUUGAAUAGACGCAUCCUAAAUGCCUCUUCGCUCCAGCAAGGCAAGUGUGUCACGGUUUUACCCUCACUUAUGCAGUUACUAAACCAUUUAUUUGUAGCAUACAAGACGUGUGCGUGUGUAAAUAGCUCAAAGGGAACUAAUUUAAUUCACACAUCCCUAGCAAUAAUAAGUUAUUAUUUUACAUAAUCUACUGUGGAAACUUGGCAACAAAAAACCUUGUUUAGCAGCAUUGAAGCUAUUGGUAUAUUGAAGCUCUUUAAUUACUGGUGCACAUUGGAAAGAUUGUUCUUAAUAGUACCACUCGGUAUAUUUUUUAAGUGAUAUUGAAAUAAUUGUUUGUUUUGGGGAUGAGAGGCUGA